AUGCCACCGCGGCGCGUCAAAAUCAAGGGCCUACCCGCGUCACGUCCCUCCGUCUUAAGUCCUCUCCCUCGCUCCGCCUCUCUCACCUCCACAUCCGCGCCUGUCGUCUCCGCGUUUCUCGGCGCGCUCGGUCGCUACCGUCGCCUGCUGCUCGUGCUGCUCCUGCUCGCGCUCUCCAACAUCGCAGGUGAGUCUCGACUCAUUUGCUGCCGCCCUCAGUCCCCACCUCCCUCACUCGCUACCCCCCUCAGUCCCCACCUCCCUCACUCGCUACCGCCCUCAGUCCCCACCUCCCUCACUCGCUACCGCCCUCAGUCCCCACCUCCCUCACUCGCUACUGCUCGCUACCGUCGCCUGCUGCCCGUGCUCCUCCUGCUCGCGCUCUCCAACGUCGCAGGGUACUACUACCCGGUGCUCUGGUCGCCAGCCCGCCGUGCGACGCUGCUGGCGACCCGCGCGACGGUCCUGUCGCAGUGGUGGGGGAACGUGUCGCAUCCGUCGCAUCCGUCGCUAGGCAAGGAAGAGGGCUACGAGGACGUUGCAGCAGAGGAGGAGGAUGAGAAAAGUACAUAUAUGUGCUCUCCCUACCCCCGCACCCCUUUACCCACUCCCCACCCACACCCGCUUUCCCACUCUCUCCCCCGUCUCCUCGUUCCCAUCCCUUUCCCACUCCCCUGUCCGCCUUCCGGGGCAAAAGCAGCCACCCCAUCUCCCGCCUUUUCACCUCUCCCGCACGCCUGGCGGGGAGGCGGCUGGUCACCCUGCAUGCAGGGGAGGCGCCUGGCCACCCUGCACGGGGGGGAGCACCACAAGGUGUAUGACCAGCUGCUGUGCCUCUGUGCCACGCCUCUCAUCUCUCUCUUUCCCUCCCUCCUCCUGCCCGCCCCUCUCUCUCCCCCGGGCAGCAACAGCCAGCCCAUCUCCCGCCUGGUCCACCUCUCCCGCCCUGCCCUCCGCUCGCUGGUCUUCCUGGCCCGCCACGGCCUCGGCAACUCCCUGCAUGGCUUUGUGUCCGCCUUCGUGUUCGCACGCCUCUCAGGAAGACACCUAGUCACCCUGCACGCGGGGGAGCACCACAAGGUCAGCCAGCCCAUCUCCCGCCUGGCCCACCUCUCCCGCCCGUCACUCCGCUCGCUGGUCUUCCUGGCUCGCCACGGCCUCGGCAACUCCCUGCGUGGCUUCGUGUCCGCCUUCGUGUUCGCACGCCUGGCGGGGCGACGGCUAGUCACCCUGCACGCAGGGGAGCACCACAAGCCCAAAUAUCUUAUGGAAAGCAUCAAGAGCAUUCCAGCAAUGAGGAAUGCCCUCGCCUCCACCCAUCCCAUCUUCGGGGCUCGCACUGGCUCUCACUUUGACCUCUUCUGGCAUCGCAACGACACUCUCAGGAGCUGCGUCUAUGCUGCCUUCAGGUGCAGCUCCCUCUGGUGCGUGCAUUCCCGAGCCAUGUUCGCACUCAUCGGCCAAAGGGGACCUUCCAAGAAGCUUCUCACCACCAUCUCCGCAAUCCUCCACCAAUCCACCCCUCCUGGCCAACCCAUUUCCUCCAACCCCUCCUCUUCUUCUACUGUUGUUGCUGCUGCCACAAGGCAGUAG